AUGAUCUUGUACUCUUCUGGCUGUAAAGAAACUGUUGAGCUCACCCCACAUACGUCAUGAAGCAUUGAGAGCUUCAACCCCGCAAGAGUGAUGAAGAAGCUGGAAACAAAAACACCUUUCUUGAGAGUCAAUUGUGUCUCUUUUACUUGAAUGAUUUAAACCCUCAUAGUCAGCUUAGCAAAUAAAACAAUCAUAUCCCACAAUGUCAAAAGCAACGAACACGAAGCUCAUGGAUACUGAACCAGGUGGCGAGAACACACAAUAUGAAUCCCAAGAUACAUUUACCAAGUCCCCCAAGAAAUCAACUGGUCAAUUCGGUGCUACCGCAGAAACCGAAGACAACGAAGCCGACGUCCACCGCGCCUCCCAGAAGGCCGCUCGUGGCGAGAAGACAGCCGAGAAUGUAAGGUUCGGAGAAGCUAUCAGUGAGCAUGGAUUUGGAGGGGAGACGGUGGGGAAUACAGGGAGAGCGAAUAAUAGUUCUGGAAUGAGUACGGGAGGGAAGGAGGGUGCGAGUGGGAGGACAAGGAGGAGCCAGGGGAGUUUUGGGGAGGGGAUGGAUUCUGAAGAGAGGGUUAGGUUGGAGAGGGCGAGGAGGGAGAUGGGAUAUGAGGAGGGGAGUGGAGUUGGUGGAUGAGUGAGUUGGAUGGAAAGCGAACCAAGGUAGAGGGUGAGGGAAUGAGGAGUUCGUCUGAUGAGCUGAUGAUUGAUGAAUGACUGUAUGAGAGAUGGAUAGUGGAAAGUGACUGCUUUGAAACUGAAAUGACAAAAUGAAGAUCGAAAUUGAACGCUAUGGACUACCAUCCAUACUUUGAAGUAAAGAAUGUGAUAGUCCCGUAGCGAUAUGAAAAUGCCGUUACUACCCUAUUCAUGUUCUCUGACUAGUCAUUUGAUCAGUACUUGCCUAUCGCUUUAUGUCUACUAGGACAUUGCAAGAGCGAAUACACUUGAAAGCUCCUCCACUUGUAGGAGACGAUCUAUCCGCUUGGAAGAAACAGCGUUGCAUCUUCAGCACGGUUGAACG